UAAGGAUGAUAAAAAUAGUAAAAUUAUUACUGCACCACCACCAAGUAAUAAUACAAAUAAUAAUAAUACAAAUAAUAAUACACCACCACCAACAUUAAAUACUACAUCAUCACCACCACCUAAAAAGGAUACAUCUACUACUACUAAUAAUACAAAUAAUACAUCUACUACUACAAAUACAUCUACUACUACUAAUACUUCUAAUAAUUAUCAAUCACAUUAUUCAAGAACAGUUCAUACAAAUUUACCACAAGCCUAUCAAGAAUAUCCAAAAUUUAAACAAGUUAUUCAAGAUUCAAGUAAAAAUGUUAAAGGUACAGAUGGUUUAGAUUUAACAAGUUUAUUAAUAAUGCCAUGUCAACGUAUUGUAAAAUAUUGUUUAUUAAGUAAGGCUAUUUUAAAAGAAACCAAUGAAAAUCAUUCAGAUUAUGAAAUGUUAAAUUUAACAUGUCAAAAAAUACAACAACAAGCACAUGAAAUUAAUAGAAAAAUGAAAGAUAUUGCAAAUUUAAAAAAUUUAAUUGAUAUUGCUUAUAGAUAUAAUAUUGAUAAAUUAAAUCUAAAAUUCAUUUAUUUAAUGAUUCAAUUUUAUUUACAAAAGAAUAUACUAAUUUUGCAUCUUAUUUAUUAG